UCUUACUCACUCCCCUUCAAGUCUGACAGUAGGACAAAAUUAUUUUAAACUUAUUUAUUAAGAAGUUCCUGCUAUUCUUUAUCACCAUUUUAUUGAAAAUUUCGGUAAAAUACUCUCUUAAGUUACAGUAGCUACUCGCUGCGAAAGUUCUCUCCGCGAUUCCUCGAUGAUGUUGCCUUCUAUCCACCCUCCUCCGAGUUGGUGAUCAUCAUUUGAAAUCAUCUUUAUCAUGAAACUUUAGGUACAGUUUACAAAGCAUAUCAAAAUGAUUGGAGGAUUAUUUGUGUACAAUCACAAGGGAGAAGUACUGAUUUCUCGGGUCUAUCGAGAUGAUAUCGGUCGGAAUGCUGUGGAUGCGUUCCGGGUCAAUGUUAUUCAUGCGAGGCAGCAAGUGCGCUCUCCAGUGACAAACAUAGCUCGAACAUCGUUUUUCCAUGUUAAAAGAGCCAACAUUUGGCUUGCAGCGGUGACCAAGCAGAAUGUCAAUGCUGCAAUGGUGUUCGAGUUCCUCCUGAAAGUCAUAGAUGUAAUGCAAUCGUACUUCGGGAAAAUCUCUGAAGAGAAUAUCAAAAAUAACUUUGUGCUUAUCUAUGAGCUGUUAGAUGAAAUUCUUGAUUUUGGUUACCCCCAAAACUCAGAUACUGGGGUUCUCAAAACAUUCAUUACCCAACAAGGAGUCAAAUCUCAGUCAAAAGAAGAGCAAGCGCAGAUCACAUCUCAGGUGACGGGACAGAUAGGUUGGCGACGAGAGGGUAUCAAGUACAGAAGAAAUGAGCUCUUUUUGGACGUCCUUGAAUAUUGUAAUCUACUAAUGUCCCCUCAAGGCCAAGUUUUAUCUGCUCACGUAGCUGGUAAAGUCGUGAUGAAGUCUUACCUGAGUGGAAUGCCGGAAUGUAAGUUCGGAAUCAAUGACAAAAUCGUGAUGGAUUCAAAAGGUGGGAAGAACUCUGGGAGUCUUGGUCUCUAUGUUGCUGGUGGUGAUGACGCAUCGCGCUCUGGAAAGCCAGUUGUUGCCAUCGAUGAUUGCCAGUUUCACCAGUGCGUCAAACUAUCCAAGUUUGAAACUGAACAUUCCAUCAGCUUCAUACCUCCAGAUGGAGAGUUUGAGCUCAUGCGGUAUCGGACUACAAAAGACAUUUCCCUUCCAUUCCGGGUAAUUCCUUUAGUGCGUGAAGUAGGGCGGACACGCAUGGAAGUCAAAGCUGUUUUAAAAUCAAGUUUCAAACCAUCUCUACUCGGUCAGAAGAUUGAGGUUAAAAUCCCCACUCCCCUCAACACCUCCGGAGUUCAACUCAUUUGUCUGAAGGGAAAAGCAAAAUACAAGGCCUCCGAGAAUGCAAUUGUGUGGAAAAUCAAGAGGAUGGCAGGAAUGAAAGAAACCCAACUCUCAGCAGAAAUCGAGUUGCUAGAGACUGAUACGAAAAAGAAAUGGACCAGACCUCCAAUCUCCAUGAAUUUUGAGGUUCCUUUUGCACCAUCUGGUUUUAAAGUCCGUUACCUGAAAGUGUUUGAGCCAAAACUCAAUUACUCUGAUCACGAUGUCAUCAAAUGGGUGCGAUACAUUGGAAGGAGUGGUCUUUACGAAACUCGAUGUUAAAGUAUAUGUAUUGUUAUUAUCUGAAUUUAUGAAAAACAAAGAAAAAAUCUAUGUGAAAUCGUUUCUAAUAACCUAUAUAAUUAAGAUGGAACAAAAAACAAAUUAGUAGCAUCGCGACAAAGGCUUAUAUUGUACCAAAAAUAAUCAGUAUAGCUCUUAGCAAAGUUGUUAGCCUCUCAAAUCGCAGAUUUGAAAAUGUUUUAUUUAUUGUAAAGUUGAUUCGUAUACUCAAACAUUCUCCUCUAUAUAAUAUCCGUGAUUAUUAUUCCUUUGAUGUUUUUCUUUUAAGUAAAUCAUUAUAGCACUCACUAGAUAAAUGAGAAAAAAACAAGGUAAAUCUAGUUUUACAUAGUUAAUAGACUGUUAGCCUUCUAUUUAGAUGGAGCUUUGCGGUAGGGAUGUAUCUAUGCUUCUGUGCAAGCCCUGAGAUUAGUACGCAUUCUUGCAUGAAAGAGUUCAUGUAGGAAUGCAGGUGUAUUACUUCUGUGAGACUGUCAUUUUGAUCCGUGUCUUUUUUCAUGUUUCCUGUUAAUAUGUGAUCAUAGUAUUAUCCCGAUAAUAAUGACCUAUUAUUCAUCGUUGCUUCAUCAAAUUUUAUUUCAAACUCAUAACCUUUAAAGACUGCGCAGAAAAAACAUGCUGAGGCUGUUUCUUUUUCUGUCUUACCAACUAACUUGAAAACGUGCUGACAGAGCUGAUUAGUAUUUAAAAUUUGAUGGUGCAGCAUUGAAUUCUUUUUUGCCUGUUUUUUUUCCUCUUACGUAUAGAAUAAAAUAAUCUACGUUAUUGUUAUUAGUAUUUUAACUUUUUUAUGUUCUUUAUCUUGCUAAUACAUUGAUUCCAGUGUCGAAAAUCUAUUUUGAGAAGCAGUGUGCUUCAAGGAUGAAUUUCACAAUGAUAUUUAGAUAUUUUUCGUAGGAAUUGAUUUUUAUGUAAUAUGUCAAGUCUCUGAAGAUCUGCUUACCUUUUAAGGCAUUCUGUGUACAUUUUUUCUUUCAUAUCUGCUGUUGAAAGUUAUCAAAACGGUUUUUAAAAUCGAAAGAACAGUUUGCAUGGCAUUCAAUUUUAAGUUCUAGAAGUUAGUGCUGUUUGGAUCGCUGUCAUCAGUCAUCAGACUUUGCAAUACCUUAUGUGGCCAAUCAUCAGGAAACUCAGUAUUCACCUUACCUGCUGGCUGAUACAAAAUCUUUGCAUUUAUAAUUUAUACAACAUCUAUGUUCCUGAUUCUUGUGCGGUGAAUUAUUUUUGUUUUAAAUGUCCAGUGGAAUUUAAUUACUUAUUAAAUCACUGGUUUCCCCAAGUUGAAAUUUUUUAGGGAUUAAAAUUCUGUCAGUCAUCUAAGUUAUUAUAUGUAUUGUUAUUCAGGCAGAUCUUAACGUACUUUUGAUCGUACUGUCAAGACUUUUAAGAUCUCAUACACUGAUUGAUCAGCCAUAACUGUAUGAAUUAUUACAAUUGUAAAUUACCUUUUUUUUUUCAUUAUUAACAAAUGAAAUUCUUUUGAAUUUUUGUGUAA